AUGGUCAAAGAAACAAAGUAUUACGACACCCUUGGUGUCGCGCCUGAUGCUACCGAGGCGCAACUCAAGAAGGCCUACAAGGUCAACGCCCUGAAGUACCACCCAGACAAGAACGCCAACAACCCCGAGGCCGAGAGCAAGUUCAAGGAGAUCUCACAUGCCUACGAAAUCCUCUCCGAUUCCCAGAAGCGCCAGGUCUAUGACCAAUAUGGUGAAGCCGGUCUGGAGGGUGGUGCUGGCGGUGGUGGUAUGGCUGCCGAGGAUCUCUUUGCCCAGUUCUUCGGUGGUGGCGGCUCGUUUGGCGGUGGCCUUGGUGGCAUGUUCGGUGGCAUGCAGAACCGUGGCCCGCCCAAGGCGCGCACCAUUCACCACACCCACAAGGUCUCGCUUGAGGAUGUCUACAGAGGCAAGGUUUCCAAGCUGGCCUUGCAGCGAUCCAUCAUCUGCCCCAAGUGCGAGGGCCGCGGUGGCAAGGAAGGUGCAGUUAAGCGCUGUGCCGGCUGUGAUGGCCACGGUAUGAAGACCAUGAUGCGCCAGAUGGGUCCCAUGAUCCAGAGAUUCCAGACUGUCUGCCCCGACUGUAAUGGAGAGGGAGAGACCAUCAAGGACAAGGAUCGUUGCAAGGGCUGCAAUGGCAAGAAGACCACCGUCGACCGCAAGGUUCUGCACGUCCACGUUGACCGUGGUGUGCGCAGCGGUACCAAGGUUGAGUUCCGUGGCGAGGGUGACCAAUCCCCCGGUGUCCAAGCUGGCGAUGUUGUCUUUGAGAUUGAGCAGAAGCCUCACCCCCGCUUCACAAGAAAGGAGGAUGACCUCUUGUACCGAUGCGAGAUUGAGCUUGUCCAGGCACUGGCUGGUGGCACCAUCUACAUUGAGCACCUCGACGACCGGUGGCUCAGCGUCGAUAUCUUCCCUGGCGAGGCAAUCGCUCCUGACGCAGUCAAGAUGAUCCGUGGCCAGGGUAUGCCUUCGCCGAGACACCACGACUUUGGCAACAUGUACAUCCAGUUUGCUGUCAAGUUCCCUGAGAAGGGCUGGACGGAGAACGAAGAACACUUUGAGCAGCUGCGCAAGAUUCUUCCUGGCCCGUCUCUGCAGAUCACUCCCCCGGCUGAGGCUAUGACCGAGCCGGCCGACCUCGAGGAGGUUGAUGCUCAGUCGUCACAGAACGCCUUUGGUGGUGGUAGCAUGGACGAGGACGAUGAGGACGGCCACCCGCACGGUGAGCGCGUGCAAUGCGCCUCGCAGUAA